UCCUAAAACACAAAAAAAAAAAAUAAAAGAGGAAAAACAAAUGUAAGAAUCUCCCCUUUCUGUCUUUCUUGUGGUUCGCCAGACUAAUUGUGACGGUAACAAUCAGUGUCAUUUAGUUUCAUUUUCUGUUCUGAGGAAAAUUGAGGCCGUCAUCUUUUUUGUGUGAUAUUGUUGUCACCUAUUUCCUGUUUCUGUAAACCCUUUUUUCUAUGCUUUUACAAUCCUUUUACAAUGUAUUAAUAUUUUCAUUGUACCCCCCCCCCUGAAACCCCCCUCUAUUGGUUGUUUUGUGAUUCUAUGUAAAUGUAUCACAAGGAGGAAAAAAAAAAAAGGUUGAAGAGAAGUGAAAUCAAUCAUUCACCCACAGGUUUUAACACUGAGGAGAGACGCAGCCGGCCACUGCAAACUUAUUUUUUUUCUCUCUGUCUGAUGGAAAACUAAAUGCCACAGGCUGCUGUUUCAGAGCGCAGUCUCCUUUUACUCGCAUCUCGUUUUAAGCACAGGAGAAAAAAAAUGGUGACAGGAGUGUUAAUUUGUAUUUUAUAUAUAUAUAUAUUAUAUACCUGUGAGACAUUUGUGUGUUUGUGAAGCAGGGUGUAAUAAGGAAGUUGACUCUACUUUUCUUCCCCUCCCCAGUGAAGAGAAAGUGAAAAUCUUGUUCAACUAGUUUUGAAGUGUGGCGUGUGUUAGACCCGGAAACCUGAUAUCCCCUGUAAAUAUUAGUGGUUCAUGGUGGUAUAUUGUAUUGUGAAUAUUGUAAAUGCUGUUAUUUUUCUUCUUAUUAUAAUUUAUUUUGUAAAUCACUUUUAUCCCUUUUUAAAAAAAAAAGCACCUUAUUGAUUAGGACUAUUUUCUUGAUCACAGGUGGCAGUGGGACAGAAUAUAAGUGCACUGAUCAUGUAACUUGAGUGCUGUUUUUUUGUUUUCUGACAUAGGUCUCUCUUUAGUCUGUGCUUACUUUGAUGCAGCGUUCGCAUUUAGUUGGUAACCAUGCUAUUUUCGGUGGCUCAGUGGUCUGUUAAAAGUGUGGUUGUUCCGCCCAGCAGGAGUCUUGCCUCAGACUGGCCUAAAAUGGGCAGAAAUGGUGCUGAACAAAAGCUGCUUGUCGCUCGUACAAAAGUACUUGAAGCGUUGCAGCCGGGACCAAGCUGCUAUGCUAUUGCCUGUGCCUCUCAACAGGAAAGAGAGACAACAUGUUCCCGAAGGGCACCAAACGUAAGUUCUCAGACUCCGGGGAGGAGCCAGUCUCCAGUGGCGACCAGAGUGCUGCGGCGGCGGCGGCAGCAGCGGCGGCGGCGGCUACUUCUGCGGCGGUCCGGACGCUGUCGUCCUCUUACAGCCUGCAGCGGCAGUCGCUGCUCGACAUGUCGCUGAUCAAGCUGCAGCUCUGCCACAUGCUGGUGGAACCCAACCUGUGCCGCUCCGUGCUCAUCGCUAACACCGUGCGGCAGAUCCAGGAGGAGAUGACCCAGGACGGCACCUGGCAGAUAAUGACCCAGGCCCUGGCAGCCGCUCAGUGUCCCGCCGACCGCCUCGUAGCCACCGAGGUGCUCUGCCGACAGACGGACGCAGCGGCUCAGGCGGGUCAGAGCCCCAAACCCUUCUCGGUGGUCGGUCUGGAGGAAGGCUACCACGCGGAGGAGGUUGUGAUGGAGGGCGACGUGGAGACAGAGGUCACCAUGUCCACUCUGUCCACCGUCUCCCCUCAGCUCUCCUCCGCCUCUUAUCUGGCGGGCCCUUUUGGCAUGGGACCUUGCUGGGAGGAGGAAGAGGAAGACGGUGAUUGCGAGGAUGACGAAGAGGAGGAUAGCGAGGAGUGUGUGUCGGAGGGAGAGGAGGUGGAGCGGGACACCCUGACCCCAGAGUCCAGGACAGGGGAGCAGGUUUUUGGGACUUUCGAGAUCAAACACCCCACGCCGCCCCCUGACCCGGCUCUCGAAGAACUGUUUUCAGACGUGGACCCAUCUUACUAUGACCUAGACACGGUGCUGACGGGCAUGCAGAGCGCUCCGAAGAUGGGACCUUACGACCUGCUGGAAAGCCUCUCAUCUCACGCGCCGACGGCCCUGAGCUCCAGCUCGAGCUGUAGGUCAGACCUGAACGAACUGGACCACAUUAUGGAGAUCAUAGUGGGAUCCUGAAACUCAGAACAUUCCUCUGGCCUGUACUGAUCCCACAGACUCUUACCAGACUAUGCACAGUACACAUGUGCGUGUUCUGAAUGUGGUAUUUUUACACGUGGAGAUAGUUGGCGGUUUUGGGACAAGGUGGGAAAUUAACUGCGAGCCACAUCGGUUAAAGGAUUGGCUGAGUUUGUAGUUAGUCUGCUCCGAUAGCCAAGUAUGCCAACGAGGCGGCUGUUGGGACACUUUAAUCUUGUAUUAAAAGAAAUAAAAUGUAAUUGGCCGGUAAAAGUAGCGAGGGAGAGAGGGGGGGGGCGGGAUAUAUAACUGUAUUUUUGGGGGUUCACGAGCCGUCGCAGUCUGUGGACGAAGCCGUUAGUUUCCUACUUUGUCGAUGAAAUCCAAGAAAGUCAACGAUUUCUGUGAGAAGGCAAGGAUAAUUACCUAUACCAUGAUGCAUUUUUAUUUACGUACUUUCCAUGUUUACGUCUGUCAUACAUUCUGUCAUACUAGCUCCUUCUGGUCGUACUCUCUGCCAUUUUUGUCCAUUUCUAUUUAUUGUUACAUGGACUUAAGAAAAAUUCAUCACACUACACGCAUCAGAACAAAUUGUAAAUCCAAAUCUAUGAAUCAAUGCAUAUUUUCCUAAAGAUUUGAGCAAUUAUGAAUGGAAUAUAUGUAUAUGUACGUAUGUGUAUAUAGAAAUAUAUUUUUUGCAUUAUACAGCUUGGGGAUUUUGCAAGUAUCAUUUGAUAUUACUAUUAUUAUUUUUUUCCCUCCCAAGCGGUUUUUAAGAUUUUAAUGUAGCCAGACUCGAGACAGUGUCUUCCCAUGGUUUGGUAUAACAAGUCGACUGUAACAGGUGUCGGGACUGGCAUCGUCACACUUUGUAGGCGCUGUUCUUUCUUUUCUUUUCCUUUUUUUUUUUUUUCCUCAAAAAGCUUUACGCAGGAAAGGGAAAUUACUGCCAGCCGCCAACCGAGCGCUGGUUAAAGAUUUGUCCAUUUCUGGUAAGUUUACAGUGGCCAGUGUACAAAUUCUACAGUAAAUUUCCGGUCCUGCUUUUUACAUACAGAUCUAAUAACAGCUUUUUUCCUGAAGCAUUUGGAGAAACCCCGGGGUGAUAACUGCAUCAAGAAGCCAUAUUUCUUUCUCUCAUUUGUUCUAACUACAAAUGAAGAACUCUCUGUGUUAACCCAUCUAAUUUAUUGUUGUUUUAUUUAUUGUAUUUAUUAUAUCUAGGUACAGACAUGCCAUAUUGACUACAAAAACAACCAUGAGGCCCAAUGAAAUUAUAUUUAUCUAAAAAAAAAGAAGAAAAAAAAAUCCCCUCCGGUUUGAAUGCAGUACCUAUUUAUUCCUCACAUUUUUUUUUUUAUUAUUAGUAAUAAUAAUAAUAACAACCGGGUUACUAUUCAAAUCACUAUGCAGCUCUGUCAUACGUGUUUCAAAAAUGAUUGUAUACGACUCAAAUGUCCUUUAAUUCCUUUAUGCAAACAGUUGCCUUUUUCUCCUGAAGAUGUGGAAAAUCAAAUGCAUUUUUUCAAAAUUGUUCCUUAUCAUCGUGAUGAAGAGAUUAAACUCAGGCAAACAAAAUGUAUUGACAAAAAUACAGUAUUACGACACGCUUAAUACCUUACCACAACACUCCUGAAGGAUGUCACUCUGGUCUGAAUGGGAGCUAGAACUUCAAAGACUAAUUACCGUUGUAAAAUGUAUGCAUUUUUUUAUAUUAAGGAAAAAAACAUUGUAGCAUCUUUGUAAAUAUUUUUUAUAAUAAAAGGUGCAACUAUU